AUGCCCGAUGCGACAGUGGUGUGCAGGGAGUUGGGCUGCGGCGCUGCGCUGAAAGCCCUGAAAGGUUCUGAAUUUGGAAGAGGAUCCGGACCCGUUUGGAUGUCCGAUGUUCAGUGCCAGGGAAGGGAGACCGCUUUUAAGAAUUGUAAAUCACAUCAACGGGAAGACUUUACCUACGACCACUAUUCGGAUGCCAGUGUUAUCUGCGAAGAUCACAGAGGUGUAAAAUUGGAGGCCGGAACUGACGGAUGCUCGGGAAGAUUGGAGGUGCAGUUUGGUGAAACCUGGACCACAGUGUGUGACUUGCACUGGGAUUGGAAUAAUAGCAACGUAGUGUGCAAUCAGCUUAAAUGUGGAGUCGUUGUUUCUGUGCUGGGCGGAGCGUAUUUUGGAGAAGGAACAGGGCCAAUAUGGAAUAAUGCCCUAAAAUGUCAAGGUAAUGAGUCGAACCUAAGCGACUGCUCAGUUGGUUCAAGGACUUAUGAUUGCACCCACAAGAAUGACGUCAGUCUGAACUGUUCUGGGAAAAAUGGUCCAAGGUUGGUUGGUGGGGAGAACAGAUGCUCUGGCCGUGUGGAAGUCCUACACGGCGACCAGUGGGGUACACUUUGUGAUCAAUACUUCAACCUGGAAGACGCAGCCGUUGUCUGUGAACAGCUACAUUGCGGUGGAGUAAAUGAUACUCCUAUAGGUGCUCACUUUGGCAAAGGAAACGGGCCGAUGUGGAAGGACAACUACCGCUGUCUGGGAAAAGAGUCCCGAUUAGCUGAGUGUCCGGUCUCAGCUUGGGGUCAGAAUAGCUGUUUACAUGGAAAUGACGCUGGUCUCCGCUGCACUGAUGAAGUAUUGUCUCUGAGAUUAACCGACGGGUUAAGCCGCUGCGACGGCCGAGUGGAGGUUUAUGAUGGCGGUACCUGGAAAAUACUGCAAGAUAAAGUAUGGAACAUCAAUGACGCAAAUGUUGUCUGCAGACAGCUGCGUUGUGGCAACGCUACAUUGGCCUACAGCUCCUCCAAGCUUAGAGACAGCGUAUGGCCCGUGAAGGUUAUUGACGUUCAAUGUGAAGGAAGCGAGUUGCACCUCCGUAAUUGCAGAAUGUCGAUGAUGAACCAGUCUUUUUCUUACAUCACCGGCGUUGGUGUCCUGUGCUCAGGGCAUUUGCAAAUUCGACUGUCCGGAAGUGAAGAUACAUGCGCGGGUCGUCUUGAGUUUUAUUACAAUGGUACUUGGGGCACGGUUUGUGAUGACUCCUGGGAUCUGAUUGACGCUAACGUGGUCUGCAGGCAACUUGGUUGCGGAUAUGCUUUGGAGGAUAAAACUCGCCCUUAUUGCGGAGAAAGUAAUGCCCCAGUUUGGUUGGAUGAACUGAGAUGUUUGGGUAACGAGUCAUACCUCUGGGACUGUCCCUCAGCUCCAUGGGGCAAAACUGAUUGCAGUCAUAAAGAAGAUGUUACAGUUACGUGUUCCGAGUAUAAGCAAAUGCGCCUAGCGAACGGCAAGAAUCCAUGUGAGGGGAGAGUGGAGGUCUGGUACAAUAGGACUUGGGGAACAGUGUGCUCCGCGAAUCUUGAUGCUACCUCAGCGGAAGUGAUCUGUAAACAAAUGAAAUGUGGACCCAUGAAAAAUAUUUAUCUUCUCCCCUAUCAAUACGGAAAAGAACUUGGUCCCAUAUGGUUAGAUGAUAUUAAAUGUACUUCGCACGAGUCGACCCUUUGGCAGUGUCAGUCACAACCGUGGGGGAAACACAACUGUGACACUUUGUAUGAUGCAGCUGUUGCAUGUCAAGAGGCCAAUAUUGCUUCAAGAAGCAAUCAUGAGAUCUGCGAGCAAGUGAAUGAUUCACUCUUUGGAUCAUUAACAGGUUUUCAAUUGCGUCUCUUCGCUGGAAGUCACAGCUGCGCCGGCCGAUUGGAGGUGCUGUUCAAUAACACCUGGGGCACGGUAUGCGAUGACUCCUGGGAUCUGGCCGAUGCCCAUGUAGUCUGCAGGCAGCUGGGCUGUGGCCUUGCUCGCUGGUCUCCAAAUACCCCUGUAAUUGCCCAGGGAUACGGAGAUAUUUGGUUGGAUGAAGUAAAAUGUACGGGAAGUGAAUCUUCUUUGUUCAGCUGUCCUUCCUUACCACCUGGCCAUCACGAUUGUGAUCACAAGGAAGAUGUCAUCGUUGUUUGUUCUGAUUCGGGAUUGAAUCCCACUGACAGCAAUAACCCAGGAUUUGGAAAUGUGUCUCCCUCCACUAUGGUUAUUGUCUGCAUAACCCUUGGGAUCAUCUUCGUCGCUGAGUUAUUUGUUCUGAUGGCGAUUGUACGGAGACAGUCAGCAAGAACCGCAGCUUCGCUGGUGAGUGGCAGGGAUGCACCUUUUGGCUUUCAUCAAGCAAUUUAUGAAGAGAUUGAGAAUAUUUCACAGGACACUGGAUCCAUCGAUUCCAUCCAUCAAAUCGAAUAUUACACUAGCGAUAAUCUUAAGGGGUCGUGUCAAGCAGCAGAAGGUCCUGAAGAAAAUUCUUCCAGUAUUUGUGAACAGUGUUUCCAAAAUGACAUCGUGUCCGGGUGGGCGUCCAAUGAGUAG